AUGUUUCUGGAAGGUGAGAGGCCUCAAGAGCUGUUGCUACUGCUGCUGCUGCUGAGGUGGACGACAGCCUUCAGCGAGGACCUGGCCUUCCCACACUUGGGUGACAGCUCACAGCCCCCACUGAGGCCCUGUCCUUGGCGCUGCUCCUGUCCCCGAGACGACAUGGUAGACUGUGCUGGCCUGGACCUGAGGGUAUUCCCAGAGAAUAUCACCAGAGCUGCUAGGCACCUCUCCUUGCAGAAUAACCAGCUGCAGGAGUUGCCCUACAACGAGCUGUCUCGCCUCAGUGGCUUGCGCACCUUGGACCUGCACAGCAACCUCAUCUCCUCGGAGGGCCUGCCUGAUGAGGCAUUUGAGUCCCUCACCCAGCUAGAGAACUUCUACGUGGCCCACAACAAGCUUUCUGUUGCGCCCCAGCUCCUGCCACGCUCCCUGCGUGUCGCCGAUCUGGCUGCCAAUGAAGUGGUGGAGAUCUUUCCUCUCACCUUUGGGGAGAAGCCUGCACUCCGGUCUGUGUACCUCCACAACAACAGACUGAGCAACACCGGCUUGCCGUCUAACGCCUUCCAUGGUUCAGAAGCCAUUACCACCCUAAGUCUCUCCAGCAACCAGCUCAGCUACCUACCACCCAGCUUGCCAGCCUCCCUGGAGCGGCUGCACCUGCAGCACAAUCUCAUCUCCAAGGUGCCCAGAGACGCACUGAGCCUCCAGACUCAACUCCGUGAGCUGUAUCUGCAGCAUAAUCAGUUGACAGAUCGUGGCCUGGAUGUGACUACCUUCAGCAAGCUGAGCAGCCUUGAGUACCUGGACCUGUCCCACAACCAGCUGGCCACAGUGCCUGAGGGUCUACCAGGAUCCCUGACCAUACUGAACCUGGGUCGCAACUGUAUCCAGCAAGUGGAAGCGGUGAGGCUGCGCAGAGCAAGGGGCCUGCGCUACCUGCUGUUGCAGCACAACCGGCUGGGGGCCUCGGCGCUGCCCGCUGGGACGCUGAGGCCUCUGCGAGCCCUGCACACGCUGCACCUCUACGGCAACAGGCUGGAGCGCGUGCCCCCGGCAUUGCCCCGCCACUUGCAGGCCCUAGUGAUGCCCCACAACCGCGUGGCUGCCCUAGGCGCGCGGGAUCUGGUCUCCGCGAGAGCCCUGGCCGAGCUCAACCUGGCCUACAACCGCCUGGCCAGUGCACGCGUGCAUCCCGCCGCCUUCCGCCGCCUGCGUGCCUUGCGCAGCUUGGACCUGACUGGUAAUCAGCUGAGCCGGCUUCCGGAGGGCCUGCCCGCCAGUUUGCGAAUACUUAGACUGCAACGCAACCAACUGCGGGCCCUGGAGCCGGAGCAGCUGGUCGGCCUGAAUAAGCUCCGGGAGCUGAGCCUGGCGCACAACCGGCUCCGCGUGGGCGACAUUGGGCCCGGCACCUGGCACGAGCUGCAGGCGCUGCAGGUGCUGGACCUGAGCCACAAUGAGCUAUCUUUUGUGCCCCCUGAUCUGCCUGAGGCCUUGGAGGAGCUACACCUGCAAGCUAACCGGAUCAGCCAUGUGGGCCCAGAAGCCUUCCUCAGCACACCCCACCUGCGUGCCCUCUUUCUCAGGGCCAACAAGCUACAUAUGACAAGCAUCGCAGCCGAGGCCUUCCUGGGCCUUUCACACCUACGUGUGGUCGACACUGCAGAAAACCCGGAACAGGUCCUGGUCCAGCUGCCACCCAAGGGCAAGGGGCCCUGAGUCCGGAAGGGCUAGCCAAGUAGCCUGGCCC